AUGCAACCUGGCAGUGGAUGGAUUUGGGAAGUCUGUGGUUCACGUCAAGAAGCUGUCGUCCUUAAGGAAAUCAACGUCAAGCCUGAUCCACCCGUACCCGGACAAAACCUAACAGUGUACGCAAGAGGAAUUGUGAAUGAAGAUAUCGAACCUGGAACGUAUGCAGAUGUUGUGGUGAAACUCGGUUUCAUUCGUCUUCUUUCAAGACGAUUUGAUGUUUGUCAAUUAGCCGAAGAAAAUGAUGCAGAACUUAAAUGUCCAAAAAAGAAGGGUGAAUAUGAAAUCACCCAUACGGUCGAAUUACCACGGGAAAUUCCACCUGCUCGAUUCAACGUUCACGUUAACGGUAAAACACAAGCAGACGUUGAUUUGAUGUGCUUGGAUUUGAACAUCGAUUUCGGAAGGCAUUAA